CUCCGCUUCUGAGGCUCGCGGCACCCCCUGCCUACCGCGAGGCUUCGCUGGGCCGGGGGCGGUGCCUGGCUACGGGAGCGAGCUUUUCCCGCGAAGGAAGCUGUGCUAUUAUUCGGGCGCGCCAGGGCGGGGAGGUGCCUCCGAGCGCUUUCGAACCUCAGAGGAGGGGCCGGGUUUUGCCUGCCCGGGGGGAGAGCGGCGCUGGGACGGCGGAAGGGCCCCUGCCCCGCUGGGGCCUGGGAUUCCCAGGACCCCUGAUUGUUGAACGUCGGAGAUGGAAUGGGCGAUCCUGUUCAACUCUUCGCCUCCCCUGCCCUUCUUAUCACAGAUUGAUGAAAUGGAUGCCUGGAGAGCCUUUUGCACAGAGACGUUUGUGCUGGGAUCCCAUCUGGGUCUUGUUUGUUCAUGUGGGCACUAAAUUACAGUAAUCCAGUUAUAAAAAUUGACUCCAGAAAUGAGAACAUAACAGACCAUUAACAAUGGAAGAAGUUGAGAAAGUUAUCAAGUUACCAUCCCCCAAAACACCAGGCCUAGAUGGUGUUACAGAUUGGCAGAAAUUAGUUUAAUACCUGCUGCUGGAAAUGGCAAGGAAACUGAUACUGGCGUACACUUAAUGGAAAUUGCAUUUACAAGCCGCCAACUCUAAGGAAUCUGGCCUCUCUUGGUCGAGCAUACAGGAGGACUUUGAGUUGGUUUCAGAGGGAUAAUGGUAUAUACCAGGGGUCCACAACCCCCAGGCCGCGGACCACACAACAGGAGGUUAAAAAAAAGUCAUUCAUGAGGAAGAAAGGAUCUUAAGCCACAUGAUGGAUUCAGAAGCUCAUGAAAAAAGGUCGCCAAUCAUAACAUCUUCAAAACAAGAUAUAUCACCUCAUAUUGCAAAUGUUAGUGAAAUGAAGCAUUACUUGUGUGGCUGCUGUGCAGCUUUCAACAAUGUAGCAAUCACAUUUCCCAUUCAGAAGGUCCUCUUCCGGCAGCAGCUGUAUGGAAUCAAAACCAGGGACGCAGUGCUUCAGUUGAGGAGGGAUGGAUUUCGAAACUUGUAUCGUGGAAUCCUUCCCCCGUUAUUGCAGAAGACAACUACACUGGCACUUAUGUUUGGUCUUUAUGAGGAUUUAUCUUGCCUUCUCCGUAAGCAUAUCAGUACCCCAGAGUUUGCAACCCGUAGCAUGGCAGCAUUACUUGCAGGAACAACAGAAGCAAUUUUCACUCCUUUGGAAAGAGUUCAAACGUUGCUUCAAGACCACAAGCAUCAUGACAAAUUUACAAACACUUAUCAGGCUUUCAAGGCACUGAAAUGCCAUGGAAUUAGAGAGUAUUAUCGAGGCUUGAUACCUGUUCUCUUCCGUAACGGAUUCAGCAAUGUCCUUUUUUUUGGCCUUCGCGGCCCCAUUAAGGAGCACCUGCCUACCGCAACGACUCACAGUGCUCAUUUGGUCAAUGACUUUAUCUGCGGAGGUCUGUUGGGUGCCAUGUUGGGAAUCUUGUUUUUUCCAGUUAAUGUUGUAAAAACUCGCAUGCAGUCUCAGAUUGGUGGGGAAUUUCAGUCUUUUUCCAAAGUUUUCCAAAAAAUAUGGUUAGAACGGGACAGGAAACUGACAAAUCUUUUCAGAGGUGCCCAUCUAAAUUACCAUCGGUCCCUCAUCUCUUGGGGCAUAAUCAAUGCGACUUAUGAGUUCUUGUUAAAGAUUACAUGAAAGAAAUUAUCAGUUAAGUGCCAUUUAUCAACCAACUAGACCUAAGGAGAAUGCAGUUCCUAAUUGACCAAGUACAAGUUGGUGUCUUAAGUCCAGGGCAUGAUGAAUUAUGGGCAAAGCUGUUUUUCUUAAGCACCAACCGAUUCAGAAUAAAAAGUUUCAAUAGGAAAAUUUAAGGGGUAUUUUUUUGGGGUGAGGGGUUAAUCAUUACCUAACAGCUUGAGCUAAUUGCCUGGUUAAAAGCUAUCUCGUGGAUGACUUUUGACAAGGAAACUAAUAGCCAAAAUAGUCUUUUCCCCAGUCUUUAAACCUUCUGUAUUAAAACAUAAGUGGCCAUGACCAGCCAGAGAAAAGGCUCUUAGGGCUCCUUGAAUUCUCAGGCUUUACUUUUAAUACUCCAUUUCUUGCUUCUCUGCUCUUAGGAGUUGCAAAGGGUAGUCUUUGCUAAACUUAAGCAUAUACAUGGUAGGACAAAGGAGCCCAACAGAAGGAGCACGCUUAAUAGAUGAAGGCUUUUCAUGAUAAAUUGGUUGUCUUCAUUUUGAAAAAAACAUCGGUUGGAAUAGUAUCCAAACUAUUUUUGAUUAGACAGGGUAGACUCAAGCAGCCGUUGAAAGCUUCCAUUUUGCUUUCUAGGUUUGAAAAUUUUCUGUUCUGAAUGUGACCUUAAACCAGCCCAAAGUAUCCUUAUGUUAAUUACACUUGUUGCCAAAAUAGGGGAGACUUAAAUUUUGUUAUAGGCAUUUCAUCCUGUUAAGAAGUUUCGUAUUCAUUGCAUAUAGAUCAAACUCUGUAGCUCAGUUUAUUUGAAUUAUUGUUGCCAACUUAGUAAACGGCUUUGGGGUUUUUUUUCUUUAAGUAGUAGUUUGUCUUAUUAAAGUAGCCUAUUCUCUUGAAACUCCUUUAAAAAGGCAGAAACACUUCCAUAAAAUUUUAUUUCAGAAGUCUAAUGGAAUCCCAGAUUAUUUCCCCCUAGUUUCUAAAUGUUUUGGGGGAGGGGAAAAAAAUCAGGAUAGCUUUCACCACACAGUGUUAGCUGUCUUUUUUUGUUGUCCUGGAAAUAGAGACUUCUGUUAGGAUUUUUACAUUUUGGGAACCCAGUUUUACCACUAUUAAAACAGUUUGAAAGGAUAAGAUCUAAGUAAAGCUAUUUGAAGGGUUAAUUUUAAAUUCUAGAAGUCGGUAGUAGUUGGAUAUCUUACUCAUCCUUUGCCCUACAAAAACUUGUCAAAGGAAUCAGAUUUUAAAAUAGUUUUCCAGAUAAAUAAGGCAAAUGACUCAUACCAAUUAAAUAAUAAAACAUGAAACAUCUUAGAAAAGUGGUUUAUCUUUUAAAAACCUACAUCUGCAAAUAUUAAGAUAGCUUUCUAGCAUCUGAUGUGGCAAAGUAGUUAGGUUUCUUAGUACCAGUUUUUCAUCAUUUUGGGUAAUUGCAUAUGAAUAUGUGCACAUACUGACCAAAAUAAAAUCAGGGUCUCAAUUGGUAGUUUACUCAGUUUCUGGGCAGAUAGUCCAAAAAAGAUGUUUACCUCUACAUGCAGUAUGGCUGGUCAAAUAAAAUGAACAUUCUACCAAACAAGGGGUUAGGAAACAUCACCGAGCAUUUGUCAGGCAGUAGUCAAGCUUUACAGCAGCUCUGUUGGACAAUGUUGUGUCAGACAGUCAAGGUUUACAGCAGCUCUGUUGGACAAUGUGCUAGAAAUGGCAGUUUACAUCAGAAAAGGUGCAGAUGUAAGGAUUUCAGAAAACAGUUUGUCACCAAAUGUGAGUAGCAUCCUUUGAAUAUCAAAUAGUCAAGAUUUGAAGCAGCUGUUUCAGAAAUGAAUGACAAAAGCACAGUGAUGCCUGACCCCCUCAUUCAUGUGUGUGUGUGUGUCCCUGAACACUCCUGGGCACGUGUAGGUACUCAGCAUGUGGCAGAUGUGUGAGCCUGGGGUCAGUCGUGCCUUGGCCCUGGGAGUGGACUCCAUGGCCCUUUGGUUCCAUGGGGCUUCCUUUUUUCUAGACACUCCAUGUAGGGGAUGAGAUCAUCUAAGUUCUAAAGCACUUUUGUGACAUACAAUUGAAGUGAAAAUUCAAAGGAGUAUGCUUUGGUUUCUGCUGUGUUAAAUAUGUGGCAUUUAAAAACAAUAAAUAUUUUUAAUGGUUUUAACUCAUAAUAAUUUUGGAUUUCUUUGUCACUUUUUAUAGCUUUUGAAGACCAAACUGCAAAUUCAUUACAGUUUUGUGUUGUCCCAUGAACUCUUUAAAUUUGACAAAAAUUCAACAGAACUUGUAGCCAACAGCAUUGUCUGAACUUUAAGUCAACAUGUGUUAUAAAUAAGAGAUUCUAUUGUUUUUGCCUUCAGUGUGAACGAGUAUGGUAGUAAUUUUUUAAAGGCAGACAUCAAAUAACUUUGAAAAGCUUUAAAAGUGUCUCUUUCUGUUACAUAUGUGACACACACCUCACAAGCGCAGGGCACUUCUGAACUUGCCUCCUGUACUUCAUCUGAUGUUAUGGAUUCUAUAUUUAGCAUAGAGUGGUAUGAGCCCUCAGGACUGCACCAGAGUAAACACUGCAUGGUGGCAGAUUUGUGUGUCUCAUUUGUGUCAGAGACAGUGUUGAUGUUUUUGUCUCAAUAGUCAAUAUUCAUUUUACCUUAUCGUUGGUUAUAUAAUCACUUGCUGUAUAUUGUGAACUGUAGUAAAAUAGAAUUGUGUGUAUAUAUAUAUAUACUCAUCGUUGGAGACUUGAAAUACCCUAGCUUGAUAACAGUGGUAAUACUCAGAAGGCUGUGCAGACAUGUAAGGGAAUAAUAUGAUGGAUGAAAUGGGAUCUAGAGGGCUUCAUAGUAAGCCAGUCAUUGACCAGCACUGUUUCAGUGUAGUUGAAGUACUGUAGUGUGAGGGGUAUGCGAUCAGAGUUGAAGGUGAAGAAAGACUUGAUUUCUUUUAAAAUAAUUAUUUCUUUUGUUUUCUUAUGUGCACAUAAAUGCAUAUCGAAGACUUGAAUAGGCAUUCUACUUAAAUUUGAGGAUCUUCGUUUUUAAUACUGUUUUUUUGCUUAAUAUUAAAUAUUUGCUUGCCCAAAUGUCUCCAGAAUUGUGAGGCAAUCUCUACAUAUUUCCAUUUUUAAAGUUCCAUUAUUAAAAGUGGUUAUUCACACAAAGCUGUUUUUGUUUGAUAUUUUGAGUUUUGUGACUAUUUGAAUUUAAAUAAAAUCUGUUAAAUGUGUCAGUUAA